AUGCAAAUUAUCCCUCUCCCAGCACCAGUGGAAGUCAACCAACCUUCCACGAUCCGCUCAACCAUCACCCCAACGUUCGGCUGUGCUCCAUGCCGUCGCUGCCUCAAAAACGCUGCCCUGGACGAAGACGUCCUUCUCAUCUCGUACAACCCGUUCCUCCCUGAGAACCGCGAUACGCCCUAUAGUGGCGCCGGACCGAUAUUCCUGCACGCAAACGAGUGCCCCUGGUUCGUUGACAGCGACGACAGCGACCUGGGCAUUCCGCCGCAGUUUCAUAAUCGUUCACUUACGGCGAGGGCCUAUGAUGCUGGCAACAUGAUGGUCUGGAGCAAGGUGGUGGAGGGAGCCAAGUUGAUGGAAACUCUGGAGCGUGAGGUGUUUGAUGACCUGGAGCUGGAGGUCGAGUAUGUGCAUGUCCACUAUACUGGCCCAGGCUGCUUUGCUUUCAAGGUCAUCGAGGAAGAUUACCUUAUGUUGAAGUGA